AGCGCCUACCUCUGCGGCUGCGCCCAGCACCGCGGGGCCGGAGCACGGACGGGCCCCCCGCGCCGGCAGGCGGUCGGGGCCGGAGGUGGCUGCGCCCGGGAGCGGCGCUCGUUGCGGGCCGGCCGCCGCUGUCGCCUCCGCCGCGUCCUUCCCGGCAGGGCCGCAGCUCCCGCCGGCGGUGCUGGGCCCGGGCGCUGGGCCCGGCGCGGGGGCGCCAUGACGGAAGUCAGGAGAGAAGCGUUCGGGCAGGUGCCCAGGGAGGCGGGAGGAGGAGCGGUGGAAAAGUUCGUCUUAAAGUCGGACAGCAUGGAAGUGCAGAUCCUGUCCUUGGGGUGCAUCAUCGCCGCUCUGGAAGUGAAGGGCCGGGAUGGGGCGUUUUCAGAUGUUGUCCUAGGCUUUGACACUUUGGAAGGUUACACGAGGAAGCACCCCUUCUUCGGCGCUGUCAUGGGGCGUGUUGCCAACAGGAUUGCCAAGGCGAGGUUCGCUGUGGAUGGGAAGGAGUAUCACCUGUUCCCCAACGAUGGGCCCAACAGCCUGCAUGGAGGAGCCAGGGGAUUUGACAAGGUUCUCUGGAGCCCCCAGGUCCUCCCGAAUGGUGUCUGCUUCUUCCGGCUCAGCCCUGAUGGUGAGGAAGGCUACCCUGGUGACCUGAAAGUCUGGGUGACGUACACGCUUAGCGGUGGGGAGCUGGCCAUCAACUAUCGAGCCCAGACCAACAAGACAACACCCAUCAACUUGACCAACCAUGCGUAUUUCAACCUUGCAGGGCAGGGCUCACGGGAUAUCUACGACCAUGAGAUUUCUAUUGAAGCAGAUUCCUACCUGCCUGUGGACGACACCAGGAUCCCUACUGGGGAGGUGGCUGCAGUGCAGGGUACCGGCUUUGAUCUCCGGCAACCCGUGGAGCUGGGGAAGCACUUGCAGAAGUUUUGUCUGGACGGCUUCGACCACAACUUCUGCCUGCAGCAGGCGCAGGCUCGACGCCUCGUGGCCAGGGCUCGCCACCUGCCCAGUGGCAGGGCCAUGGAGGUUCACACCACCCAGCCUGGCAUCCAGUUUUACACCGCAAACAACCUGGAUGGCUCCCUGAAGGGCAAAGGCGCUGUCACAUACCCCAAGCACUCGGCUUUCUGCCUGGAAACCCAGAACUGGCCUGAUGCCGUCAACAAGCCCCACUUCCCCAGUGCCCUACUCCGGCCGGGCGAGGAAUACAACCACACCACGUGGCUCAUGUUCAGUGCCAUGUGAGGAAAGGGGAUGCCGACUCCUGCCUUUGAGAGAGGACUUGCACUUCUUUGAGGGCUUCCUGAUGGUGAACGACUGAAAGGAAAAGAAUUCACAGUUAACAUUGCAGUAAUCAUUUGGGAUUCAGAAAUACAGGAAAAAUCAACAGGAGCAUACCUAGAGUACGCCGGUACACUUUAAGCACUACUUUUUAAUAAAAUAACGAACCACUAUUGACAAAGUUAA